GUAGUACCAGCGAGUCGCUAGGUUUGUCCAAGAAGUCGCUAUAUUUGCCGCUAGUCGCUUUUUAAAAAAAGUCGCUAAAGUUGGCAAAACGUAAACUCUAUAUAACCCGAUAUGAAAUGUGUGAGUAGAAAAACAUGCGGUCACUCACGCGGAUGGCUAACAGAGGAGCGCGAGAGGAAAAGCCCCUCCUACUAGUGCAAUGUUAACGCUUUUUUUGUGAUCUUUAAAUCAUGAGCAAGUGGAAAUUCUCAACCUAUUGCGCGUUUGCUUCGAGCCAGGACCACUACAUUCAAAACAAAAUGUUGGCUGCUACCGGAAGACUCCCAAGGUUUUUGCUAAUAUUCAGUUUAGUACUGAACUGCACUAUAGGUGCUGACACUGGCUGCGAUGACUGGAGUCUUAAUGGAAGUGAUGUCUGCUGCAAGAGAUGCAAGCCAGGGAACCGCUUGGUGGAGAGUUGUGGAAGAGACCCAGAACAUCUUUGUACCCCCUGUGAACCUGACACUUACACAACCAGUCAUGAAUUCUACUGUUUGAGAUGUACCCAGUGCAUAGGUAAACAGUUUACGCUUAAACCUUGCACUAUCAGCAGCGAUACCGUAUGUGGAUGCAAGGCCGGAUAUCGGUGUGGAAAUGACAAAUGUUCUUUCUGUGUUACGGAAUGCAAGGAGGGGGAGGAGCCAACCGAAGAACGAUCUUGCAGAAAAUGUCCAGAGGGAAAAUUCAACGAUAAGAUCCACAGUAUGUGCAAAGAAUGGAAAAAAAGAUUCUCUAGUUGUCCUGAUGGACAGACUUUGGUCAAAGGAAAUGUUACCAGCGACAGUAUGUGCACAUAUUUAGAAGUUUUUGUUACAGAACCUAAACCUAACAAAAAAACUGAUUUGAUGGAUAAAAAAGAACCAAGAAAAUGGCUUCCAGUUUACAUUGCUGUAGGGAUGGCAGGGUUUGCUGUCCUUUGUAUCAUAGUAUCAGUGGUUGCAUAUGUAAAGGCACAAAACAAAACAGAGAAGCCAAAAACAGAUACCCCUGACCAAGACCACUCAGAGUCCAGGAUAAUGGUUGUUGAGCAAGAAGACUGUAGUUUCCGUCAUCCUGAGCAGGAACAGGGUGGCAGCUCAGAGUCCAUCAAUACGCAAGACUCAGAGUCUAAACUCAUAGUGUGAAUUCACUAGACAGCCUUAAUUUUCUUAUCUGACUCUAGCACUGCUUCAAGAACGAGAGGGCACAACCACUGAACAUCUACUAAACUGUGAAAUACAUACUUGACUGGGUGUCUGUCAGCUAUUCCAGUUUGUGUAGAAGUGAUAAAUGGGAACAAAAUGGGUAGUUUCACGUCAGAGGUUUUAACUUCUGAAGUAUAGUGCACCUUAAUAACACAUAGAUGAGAGGUUGUUAAUGUAGGUGUGCAGUAGCAGACAAUAUGUCAACACUUUUAUGAGAGUAGGCGUCAUCUACUGGCGCUUGCGUCACAUUUACAGGUCAAAGCUCUCUUGAAAUACCCUGGUGGGCUUCCCCACUUUUCUGUUAAAAACAACAUCAUUAAAAAAAUUAAAUAAAAGCUCUUUGGACAGAGAACAAAGAGGAUAACCGAAGAGCAAUGAGACCGUUUUAAAUGGCAUGUUUGCACUUUAACUAUUUUUAAUUAAUAGUUCUUUGUCUGAUUGUUUAUAUACUGUAUAU